AGAGGGAGAGAGGCAGUGUUAUUACAGCACAGACAGAAGACAGGCGCUAAAGGAGGCUGUUGGACAGAAACAACACGAUCAUGAGUCAGAAACACACUGCAGUAUAGAGAGUCACGGAUGAACAAACGACAGCAGGACUGAGACUGAAGGACCUUGUGUUUGAAUCUGUGAGACAGACAGACAGACAGAGAGACAGACAGACAGAGAGACAGACGCCUCUUGGACUUCUCCCCGUCCGCGUGAGGUUGUGGCAGGCAUGGCGUCGGAGCCGGGCACCCAGUCCAUAGUGAAGUUUCAGACCAAAGAGGAGGAGCCUGCCCAACGCAAAUUGGGCAAACUAACGGUCAAAUACAACCGCAAAGACCUCCAGAGGAGGCUGGACAUCGAGGAGUGGAUCGACGGGCAGCUGCACCUGCUGUUCGACUGCGAGGAGGAAGAGAUUCCUGAGCUGGAGAUUGACAUCGAUGAACUUCUGGAGCUGAAAGAUGAAGAGCAGAGAUCGAGACUGCAUGAGCUUUUGCAAGAGUGUGGAAAGCCAAAGGAGGACUUUAUCAACGGGCUGCUCUAUCGGAUGAAGGGACUUCGUAAGAUGUCAGGAUCUCUGAAGAAAUAGUAUUAGGUCAAAGUCUGGAUUUUUCCUGAUAACGUGAACCGCCCAGCCCCGUCCCUGGCCCCGCCCUCCCUCAACAGCCCCGCCCACAACCCUCCCAGUAUGUGUAGAGUGUUGAGUGUCUGUCUGUGUAUGUUUCUACGGUAGAACUGUAAUAAUUGACUGCACACACGGGUCAAUGACGGAAGCUUCCAUAAACAGUGUUUUUGACCACUAAUAAUUCUGUACAGUUUCUCUUAGCUGAUGUAGAGUUGCAUUGCAGAUUGUCUAUUAUUACUCAAAGAUGUUUUUUUGUGACAUGUACAUUUUGUUCCCUAUUUAUAUAUAUUUUGUUCUGACAAGUGUUGUAUGUAACAAUAAACAAUUUCAAGAUUUUA